GCGGCCUAAAAUACAAUACACGCGGCACUGAUGUCUUAAUCUCACCGUACAGAGACUCCAACUCCAGAAACUUCUUUUCUUUAUACAGAAAUCAGAACUUUCCCAAUUCCUCAUCUGUAAUACUAAAGCUCAGAAAUCUGUAAUUUUAUUUUUUUUUAAUUAAAGAACUUCUUUUUUUAUUCAUCGAUCUGAUAAACAAUAGUUAGAGAAAAGAGAAAGAUAGAGGUAUUAUGGACUGGGGAACAGUAACAGCUGAAGAUCUAAUCGGUGCUUUAAGGGAAGUUGACUGGUCGACGCCACCGCGUCCGGUCAAUGAAUUCUUCUCUAAAUUCACUAUCCCAAGAUCUUACCCCAAGUGGGAUAGCCGCUUCAAGUGCAAUCUCUACUACUAUAGAUCGAACUAUUUUAUUUUGAUAAUGUUGGCUCUCGGAGUUGCAUGUAUUACAAGGCCGAUGGCUAUUGUUGCUACUGCUUUGACAGCUUUAAGCAUUGCUUUUCUUAAUGAUAGUUUUGCAGCUACCUUCAGUGAGAAGGUAACAAGAACUGUGAGAAAGGUCUCUCCACAUUGGGCAGCAAAGAUGAGGCCACCUCACAUGCCUGUUAUUCGCGGUCGUCCAUCAGCCAAAAAAUCAGUAUACAUCUGUGGCCAACCCCGUGGGGUGUUUGUCUUUUUAUUUUCAGCUGCCAGUUUUAUUCUGUGGUUUACUUCCAGUAGUCUGUGGACUGUGUUGUGGGCACUUGGAAUUGGCCUCCUUGUUACUGUUCUUCAUGCAAGUGCCAGAACACCUAAUCUGAAGGCCCGCCUCAACACAUUCCGCGAAGAAUUUCGUCAAGUGUGGCGCAAUUACAGUGAGCUUUGAUUAGCUUUAGAGUUUAGGGUUUUGGGGGUAUGUAAUUCCUGAUUUGCACCUAAAUUAAGCUGCAAAUUCUUUGUAAAUGUAAACAAAUAGUUUAGUCAUUUAUUUGGAGACUAUUGAGGAUUUAUAAAUUCUUACUUGUUUCUCA